CGUGUGGAACGGCGACACCCGGCCUGACAUCACACCCACGGGGAGACAUAGCCGGACUCGUGUGUCCGGGGUCCCGGGACGGGUAUGGCGGACGGGGCGGAUCUUAUUGAUAUUUACGCCGAAGAAGAGUUCAUGCAGGAAACGGAAUUUGCUGCAGAGCAGAUAGACUUGUAUGACGACGUAUUGGCAGUAGCAUCUCUUGGCUCGGCUCACACUGAUGUGAAGUCUGAGCCCACGUCCCCAGUACAGGCAACUUCUGCUGAAUCAAACAAGAAGACGCCAGCAGUAUUGUACACGUACAACAAUGUACGCAAGAGGGUCUCUGUGUAUAUUGGAAACUUUAAAUGGUGGACAACAGAUCAGCAGCUCAUCUCCGCCAUCCACUCAGUUGGCGUCCGUGAUCUUGUGGAACUGAAGUUUGCCGAGAACAGAGCCAAUGGCAAAUCAAAAGGGUAUGCCGAGGCCAUCGUUUCUUCAGAUGAAUCUUUGAGCCAGCUGUUGGAACAGUUGCCUAAAAGGAAAGUCAAUGGGAAGAAACUUGACGUUCGGCCAGCUAAUAGGCAGAAUCUAUCCUUCUUUGAGGCAAUUGCACGAAAAACUGAGGGUGUCCCUAACUCUAAGGACUCUGAGGAAACUGCAGAUGGCUUGCCGAGCCCCACUGAGCCUGCUUUAUCAUCCCCACAACCAGAGACUCCCAAAAAUGUUGUGCCAUAUUUUGCACGCCCACCAUUCAUUGAGAACAAUUCUCGUAUCCCUGUUAUGGCCCUCCCUCGUCCCCCAAUAUCCGUUCCUCCACCCCCUUCAUCUUCCUUACCUGCUGUAUACCGAGCUCCUCCAAUCCCUCCCCUGCACUACUCCCACCUUAUGCCCCCACCUCCAAGGCUGCCACCUCCACUAGGAAUGCCUCCUCCCCGCGGUAUGCCCCCAGCUCUUCACUUGAACCCUGCAUUUUUCCCUCCUCCGAAUUCCAUGGUUGGUCCCCCACCUGAUCCAUACAAGAUGAUUCCCAAUCCGUAUCUACAAGGGCGGGAUAUGAAGCUCCCACAACCCCCAGUCAGUGAAGCAGAGUUUGAAGAGUUAAUGAACCGAAACAGAGCGAUCUCAAGGAGUGCACUUUCCAGUGCUGUAUGUGGAGCGACUUCAGGGGAGUAUGCAAGCGCCAUAAAAACCCUGGAGACGGCUAUUGCUGUUAUAAAGGAGUCUCGUGUGGCCAAUGAUGAACGUUGUCGUGUCCUCCUGACUUCUCUCAGAGAUUGUCUACAUGGAAUACAGGACAAGGCCAACUCUUCCAGGAAACGACACCGCUCCAGAGAUAGAUCACCCAGCCGGUCACGAGAAGGCAGCAGUCGACGUCACAGAGACCCACAUGAGGAUCGAUCAGAUGACUAUUAUCAUGACCGACAUCGUGACAAGGACCGACACCGUUAGUACAGGUCUCAGACGAUGCACAGAUUUUUUUUUCUUUUUAAAGAGGGACAGUUUUGUUGUUGUGACCUAGAGAUGAUGCUUGACCCUCCAGCUACAAUUGUCGCAGCCCCUUCUCCGGGAUUGAUUCCAUUUCAUGCAGGGACCAUCAUGUCUCCUUAUACGAAGCACAGCUCUCUCUCCAUCUGUUCCCAGUCACCAGUCCUGCCCUGGACACCCUCAGAAGACACGGCCUCCGCACGGGGCAGGCUGCUCUGUUUCUCAAAUUGAACUGAUUUUGUUUUGAAGAUCCGUCGCGGUUUCAUCCAACAACAGUUGAUUUCCUUCCAUUUCUCCAUGUGUUUUUUUUCUUGUUGCAGUUUGUUCAUAUAAAGAGGCUAUUUAUAUAUAGUGAAUCUAACGUCUACAGUGACACAUGUAACGUCAAUCUCUUUUCUGUAAGUGCACUGACCUAAUCCCGCCUGUUUGGUCCCCCCCCCCCCCCCCCAAAUCCCUUUGUCCUAUGGUUGACAAACCGGUGAGACGUGCUGGAAGAAGCAGCUUACUAUGUGGUAAGAUAAGACCACUCAGUGUUGAGGGGAACCAGAGAGCUGAACGCACUCACUGUCCCUUUUGGAAUCGUAGUGUUUGGGUUGUAUGGAGCGAGUGCAUUGACCAGGUUGGCUAUGGGAGGGGUGAGUUCAGUGCUUGUCUGAAUUAUUAUUUUGUUUUUUAAUUAAAAAGAAAACGUAUUAUGACUUUUAGUUGCGCAUCUAUGGUGGGGAGUAGCUUACAAGACACCCUUUAAUACCCUUGCCUAACAGCAGAGGAGAAUUCACCCCUCCCACAAAACAUUCAACAUCUCUACCUGGGAAUUGUGAAUAAAAUGGAUA